AGCGGUCAGCUCAACAUGUGACCUCAGCUUCCUUGCAGUCGACCAUCAUUUCAUUCCAAAAAGUCCAACAUCUCCAAAUUCAACAUCAUGGCUUUGGACAUCAUAAUCGUCGGCGCAGGCAUCUCGGGCCUCUGCACGGCCAUCGCCCUUCGACGGGCUGGUCACAAAGUGCAGAUCUUUGAGAAAUCCCGCUUCGCAACCGAAAUUGGCGCUGCCGUCUCCCUAGCUCCAAAUGGCGUCCUUGUCUUGGAACAUCUUGGUUUUGAUUUCGCUCGAGCGCAAGCGUGCCGGCACAAGGCUUGGGAAGUGAUGGACGGUUUGACGUUGAGACAGAUUACGAUUCAGAGCCUGGAAAACGUUGCUAGUAUUACUGGGUCGGAUUACCAUACCGUUCACCGCGUGGAUCUGCACAAGGAGCUGCUGAGGCUAGCUCUGGAGACCACGUCGGCGGAGAGUAUCUCCACGUCACCGGUGAAAAUCCAAUACGGUUCCCCGAUUGCCGAUGUCGACGCGCUCAACGGCCAGGUAUACCUAACUGAUGGCACCGUCCACUCUGCCGAUCUAGUUAUCGCAGCAGAUGGACUCCACUCCACAGUACGUGGAUGCGUAGUUCCACCAGACUCAAACACGAGCAACAGGGCUAUUGAAACGGGGAUGAGCGCAUUCCGUUUUUUACUGCCUACGGAGACGCUCAUGGCUAGACCGGAAAUCAGGGAUGCCAUGCGCAUGAAAACGGGAGAUUCGGCUCUGUUGGCGGAUACGUCGAGGGUUGAUAGUGUGCAGCAUAUGAUUUGGUAUGGGUGUCGAGGAAAUCAAGUCCAGAACUUCGUUGGCAUCCAUCUAACCCGAGAACCAGAGAGGAGCUCUGGCGAUGCGAAGUCAGACAUGCUACAAGAAUUCGGCCACUUCAACCAAAUCGUCCCGGAGAUAAUCAACCUCGCUGACGACGUAAAAUGCUGGCCCCUCCUGAUCCACGAACCCCUCAAAACAUGGAUCUACCAUAAAGUCCUCCUCAUUGGCGAUGCCGCUCACGCUAUGCUCCCCUUCGGCGGCCAAGGCGCAAACCAAGCCAUCGAAGACGCCGGUGCAAUCAGCAUCCUCUUCCGGGAUCUGCAUAGUGCAGAAGAUCUCCCCGCGCGAUUGGCAUUGUUUGAAAAAGUACGCACAAAACGAGCGUCGAGAGUACAGGUUCUUUCAACGGUUAGAGUUGGGAAGGAGAAGGAGGUUGAGGGGAGGGUAAUGAAAUAUAUGGAGGAUGGGAUGGAUGUUCCGAAUACGUUUGCGAGUCGGUUGGUUCAUGAUUCUGGAUUUAAUGUGCUUGAACGAUGUGAGGAGGAGUUGAAGGCUGUUUGAUGUAAUAUCUUCCAGAUUGAUGUUAUUCUCUGGUUGGUGAGAGUGAGGAAUUGGUCAUCAAACGGACCAAAACCAAUCCAGAACCAAACAGCGUUCCACAAGAUCUAGACAGACGAUUUAUCCCGAAAUAUUCCUGAUUUCGUUGAAGAAGUCGUAAUAUCCUGUUGCCAACGUGUG